GCCAUACAUCUGGACCUGAGCAGGCAGUUUGGUCAAGAGGAGAGGGCGGACGUGAAGGGGGCAUCGUGAAUUGGGUCAGCCGCCUUUCACCGCGUGGCAUCCCACCGCGCCAUCUACAUCCACCACCUCCUCUCCUUGGCUUCUCCUUGCUCUACAGCGAUAUCGACAUCGCCUUCCUCCACAACCCCCUCCCUUUCUUCAAAAAACCCGACCCAAAUAACAUCGA